AUGGCGCUGAGCAAACGCUUCGAAAUGACGGAUCUCGGUGAGCUCGAUUACUUUCUCGGCAUGGAGAUCAAGAACGACCGUAAGACGGGAAUGGUGACUGUACAACAAACCAAGUUUCUCAAGUCCGUGUUAACCUAA